GGGAAGUGGGGUGGGGUGUGGGUAGCGGGGAGGCUGGGGGUACGAGAGGGAUAAACAGCAGCUCCAAGCCAGGAGGGAAAAGAAGGAGGAGGAAGAAAGGAGUUCCAACUUUGCACGCCUUUCCCUUGUCUCCUCCCAUCUUCUUCCACUCCACCCCAGUGGAGCUACAGCAGAGGCGGCGGCUGCAGAGGUUCCCUCACCGCUGCUCCGUUUUGCUGCCCUUAGCGCGCCGAAGAGCUGGAGGCCGAGCGUACAGACUCCAUCCUCCUCCUCUUUCUCCCCUCCCCCAAUCUUCAGUUCUGCCCCUCGGACCCUCACGCAGGGAGCCCGCACCCUUACUAGGUGUGCUUGCAUAGAGCUCUUUCCCACCUCUGCCCCGCCUCUUUCUCCAAUCCCGAGGAGUCUAACUAAGUCUCUCUCUUGAGUCCACAGUGGGUUGGCCCGGGCUAGUGAAGGAGCCGGGGGUGGGGUGGGUGGGGGGCGGGCGCCGGGGUAUGGUGUUCGCUGGGGCACCCGGGGCUUCUGGCAGCCGCCCGGACCAGUGACUGGGGCUAGAGGAGAGGCGUGGAGGCGGGGAGGCCGAGGGGGGAGUGGUGCUGGAGAUCAAGGGAGAGAUCCGAGGCGGCGGGCCGGAGGACAGGGAAAGCUGGAGGAGAGGCUGGAAGCGGGCACGGGACCGCGGGGGUGCGGGAGCAGCUGGACCGGCGCUGGGAGGUAGGAAGAAAGACGUCUCCGAAGGGCACAGGAUACAGUUUCUCUGAGUACCUGUGGAAUUCCUCAAAUGCGCAAUUCAUUACAUCUAUACUAGGCAAAGGGCAGCUAAAUUAUACCUCGAAGUUAAUGAUCAUCUGCUUGAGAUGCCUGUAAGGGCGACUUCUGGGCCUAUAACAACAGCCAGUUGUGGAAGGAAGAGGAGGAGUUGGUAUUCUAUUUAAGAUAAGGGUGCAAAGCACUCUUAUCAGCAUGACUGGUAUUUGAUCAGUAACACUGGGACUUGGACUCACAGUUCAGCAGCGUUGGAGAGGAGACCUUUCUGUGCAUCUCCUUAGCUACCAUGGCGGCCCCCUCUGCUGUGGUGCCCUUCUCGGUGGUGUCACAGCCACAAGUGAUUGAGUCUAUGGCUAUGAGUGAACCACAGUGCUACUACAAUGAAUCUAUUGCCUUCUUUUACAACCGGAGUGGGAAGUACCUUGCCACAGAAUGGAAUACUGUCAGCAAGCUUGUGAUGGGACUUGGAAUCACUGUGUGCAUCUUCAUCAUGUUGGCCAACCUGCUGGUCAUGGUGGCGAUUUAUGUCAACCGCCGUUUCCACUUUCCUAUUUAUUACUUAAUGGCUAACUUGGCUGCUGCAGACUUCUUUGCUGGAUUGGCAUACUUUUAUCUAAUGUUCAACACAGGGCCCAAUACAAGAAGAUUGACUGUAAGCACCUGGCUUCUUCGCCAGGGUCUCAUUGACACUAGCCUGACAGCUUCUGUAGCCAAUUUGCUGGCUAUAGCAAUCGAGAGACACAUUACAGUUUUUCGCAUGCAACUGCAUACCCGAAUGAGCAACCGGCGGGUGGUGGUUGUCAUUGUGGUCAUCUGGACCAUGGCCAUUGUAAUGGGCGCCAUACCCAGUGUGGGCUGGAACUGUAUCUGCGACAUCACUAACUGUUCCAAUAUGGCACCCCUCUACAGUGACUCUUACUUAGUCUUCUGGGCUAUUUUCAACUUGGUUACCUUUGUAGUAAUGGUGGUCCUAUAUGCCCAUAUCUUUGGGUAUGUCCGACAAAGGACUAUGAGAAUGUCUAGGCAUAGUUCUGGACCAAGGAGGAAUCGGGACACUAUGAUGAGUCUCCUGAAGACUGUGGUCAUUGUGCUUGGUGCUUUUAUCAUCUGCUGGACUCCCGGGUUGGUCUUGUUACUUCUGGAUGUCUGCUGCCCUCAAUGUGACGUCCUGGCCUAUGAAAAGUUUUUCCUUCUCCUUGCUGAGUUCAAUUCUGCCAUGAAUCCCAUCAUCUACUCUUAUCGUGAUAAGGAAAUGAGCGCCACCUUCAGACAGAUUCUCUGCUGCCAGCGGAAUGAGAAUGCCAAUGGUCCCACUGAUGGUUCAGAUCGUUCAGCAUCUUCACUCAACCAUACCAUCUUGGCUGGGGUUCAUAGCAAUGAUCAUUCUGUUGUGUAGAAUCAAAUGGGAAAUGAAGAGCUAGCCAUAGACUGUGGAGGGAGUCCCAGGGGAGAAUAACAAACUGAUGUCUUUCAACACUAAUUAACUACAGUAUUGGUUUUUAGAAAACCCACUCGCACAAGACUGGUCAUGUAGGAGAACUGGCAUAUGCGAAAACACUCAUCCUCUUUCUCCUCUCCCUGCUAAAAGUAGAAAGCUGAUUCCUUAUAAUGGAAUUCAUAAAUAGAUCAGCGAGAGUCUCUUUAGACUACACUGAUUAGAUUUUCAAAGACUGCUUUGUUUUGGUGCCAGUUGAAAACAAUUCUGAUUAAUUAUGCUUGUACCUGUUUAACUUCAUUUACAUGUAGAAACUUAGCCCCCCCUUCUUUUUUUAAAGAAUACAUUUCAUGUAAUAAAUGUCAUGUUUAUGCCUGUCCGCACGCUUGUGAUGGAUAUUUUACAUAGAGAGAUCAUAUUCUUCAUAUUUUUUUUUGCUACACUACCAUAACUCCAGUAUUUCUUUUUCCUGAUGGCAAAAACAGGAAAACAAUGUAAAUUACAAUUUGUUUCUUAUUUUUUUUUUAAAAAGCAUGCAUGUAAUGUAUUUAUGCAGUUGUUUUAAUGAAAAAAGAUGUUCAUUGUAAAAUCUUCUAGAAAAUAGAAGAGCCUAGAUCUCAUGCCAUUAUUUGUUAGAUUAUAAAAUAAAUAGUAUUCUAGUUUCAUGGUAUUUAACUUCUCAUUUGUGGUACCAAAUAUGUAACGUAUGCAGGAGUCCUUAGUUUAUCACUGAUGGAAUUUGUGCUCAAAGUCUAAGAGAACAGAAUCAUGGAAGAAGAAUGAAGCACAAUAUUAUUUUUAAAUGUAUUUAUGCUAGCUGAGUGUUUUCUCAUCACCUGUGCAUUACAAAAGGAUUUUUUAAAUUGAAAAAUGUCAUGUCAUGUUUUACCUUUGUAAAGAAGAAUUUUGUUUUUGCACUGAGUGGGUGGCAUUUUUCAGGGUAACCUAUUUAAUUACCCUUUUAUCCUUAAAGAACAGUGGUUGCUUGAGUUACAUUGAGGUACAGUAUUUUUUUAGUACAAAUCUAAGUAGAAAUAUUAAGCUGCCACAAAAAAUGAAAUCUAUUAAUAAAACUAACAGUAUUCGGUUUUACUGGCCUGUUGUCUAGAUCUUAAUAACCAGCUGUAGGUUUAAAGAAAUUAAAAGUACCAGAAACUACCCAAGUGAGAAGACUUUUAUCAGUGAAAUUUAGUGAGUAAGGGACCUUUUUAUUAAAUAGCUUGGGCACUUAUAUCUGAAAAGUGAGAGUGGAUGUGUGGCUGAUUAUAUAUCAUCUUCCCAGGCUUCCCCUACAAUAGAUUGCUUCCCUGUUGUUAGAUGCUCUGAUAUUAUGUUGUCUAAGGUCUGUGAGUAAGUGUGUUGGUGUGACACAGGAGAUCACAUGUGAAAGGACACAAUCACAAGAAUGAUCUGAGAAAUGGGAGAAGAUAAAUAUGAGUAAUAGUAGAGUAAAUGUUGAACUUGAAGGAACUGAAGGUAAAGUUUCCAUUUGGAGCACUGGGCACAAGAAGUGUGGAGAGUUGAGCAAGAGAAAGGAAGUGCAAAAAUCUUACUGAGAUUGACAUUGACACAUUUUACAUAAAUCCUAAAAUAUGUUAAUGUGAGCAAGAAGAUGAGCCCUGGAUUUUUCACUCAUGUAAACUGGGAAAUAGGAGGGCUAGUUUAACUUUUAAGGGACAAAAAUGAAAUGCUAAGCCACUAAUAAAGUUUUCUCAAUGAGUA